AUUCGGCAACCUUAUUCAAUAUAAAUAGGUUUGUUCUAAGUGAAAUGUUAAAUGUUUGUAUUUGAUGAUUGAAAUUUCGUUGAAAGCUCCGUAUAUUUGAAAGUGUUAUAAGACAAUUUGUCUUUAAUGGUUAUGAUGCUUAAUCAGCAACCUCAAGGCCAGGGUCAGCAAACGCUUUCGCAGGUUUCCUCCCAAUUAAUGCAGCAACCAACAAUUUCGCAAAAUAUCAACUCCAGUGUAGGAAAGAUAAGUGAUUCCCAUGGGCUGUCGUCUAUUGGGUUGCUAGAGUUAGCACAUCGAGAAUACCAAGCUGUGGAUUAUGAAAACGCAGAAAAGCAUUGUAUGCAAUUGUGGAGACAGGAUAGCACAAAUACAGGUGUUCUAUUGCUUCUUUCAUCAAUUCAUUUUCAGUGCCGACGUUUAGAUAAAUCUGCUCAGUUUUCAACUCUUGCAAUAAAACAAAAUCCUCUAUUGGCCGAAGCUUACAGCAACUUAGGAAAUGUGUAUAAAGAGCGCGGUCAGCUACCCGAAGCGUUAGAAAAUUAUAGACGAGCUGUUAGGUUAAAGCCUGAUUUUAUUGAUGGAUAUAUUAACUUAGCUGCUGCGUUGGUUGCGGCACGUGACAUGGAAUCUGCAGUUCAGGCUUACAUUACAGCAUUGCAAUACAAUCCAGAUCUCUAUUGUGUACGCAGCGAUUUAGGGAAUUUGCUGAAAGCACUAGGCAGAUUGGAGGAAGCCAAGGCUUGCUAUUUGAAAGCGAUUGAGACAUGUCCCGGUUUUGCUGUAGCUUGGAGCAAUUUAGGUUGUGUUUUCAACGCUCAAGGAGAAAUUUGGUUGGCAAUACAUCACUUUGAAAAAGCUGUAACUCUGGAUCCGAACUUUCUGGAUGCGUACAUAAAUUUGGGAAAUGUUUUGAAGGAGGCAAGAAUUUUUGACAGAGCAGUAGCAGCAUAUCUUCGUGCACUGAGUUUGUCGCCUAAUAAUGCGGUCGUUCAUGGAAACUUAGCGUGUGUCUAUUACGAACAGGGGUUAAUUGAUUUGGCUAUAGACACUUACAAACGAGCAAUUGAGCUUCAGCCCAACUUUCCAGAUGCAUAUUGCAAUUUGGCCAAUGCACUUAAGGAAAAAGGCCAGGUUAAGGAUGCCGAAGAUUGUUACAAUACUGCUUUACGCUUGUGCCCAAAUCAUGCUGAUUCCCUUAACAAUUUAGCGAAUAUCAAGCGAGAGCAAGGAUAUAUUGAAGAAGCCACUCGCUUGUAUCUUAAAGCGCUUGAAGUAUUUCCAGACUUUGCCGCUGCUCACUCCAAUUUGGCUUCGGUAUUGCAGCAACAAGGAAAAUUAAAAGAGGCUUUAAUGCAUUAUAAAGAAGCUAUUCGUAUCCAGCCAACUUUUGCGGAUGCUUAUUCUAAUAUGGGUAACACACUAAAAGAGCUACAGGAUAUUAAUGGGGCGCUUCAAUGUUAUACACGUGCGAUUCAAAUAAAUCCCGCAUUUGCUGAUGCUCAUAGCAACCUUGCAAGUAUACACAAAGAUUCAGGCAAUAUUCCUGAUGCUAUACAGUCAUAUAGAACCGCCUUGAAAUUAAAACCAGAUUUUCCCGACGCCUAUUGCAAUUUAGCUCAUUGUUUACAAAUUGUAUGUGACUGGACGGAUUAUGACGCUCGAAUGAAGAAACUUAUCAGCAUUGUAGCAGAUCAAUUAGAAAAAAAUCGUUUACCUUCUGUGCAUCCACAUCAUUCAAUGUUAUAUCCAUUGUCACAUGAAUUCCGCAAGGCUAUAGCAACACGACAUGCAAACCUUUGCUUAGAAAAGAUUCAUGUCCUCCACAAACCCGCAUACAAAUUUUCACGGGAGUUGCCCACUGAUGGUAGAUUGCGCAUUGGAUAUGUAAGCUCAGAUUUCGGCAACCAUCCUACCUCUCAUUUAAUGCAAUCAAUCCCAGGACUUCAUGAUAAAUCCUGCGUUGAGAUUUUCUGUUAUGCUUUAAGUUCAGAUGAUGGGACAACAUUUAGGUAUAAGAUCAUACGCGAGGCUGAACAUUUCGUGGAUUUGUCUCAAAUUCAGUGCAAUGGUAAAGCUGCUGAUCGCAUUUAUUCGGAUGGAAUUCAUAUAUUAGUUAAUAUGAAUGGAUAUACUAAAGGAGCUCGCAACGAAAUAUUUGCAUUACGCCCCGCCCCAGUGCAAGUUAUGUGGCUAGGAUACCCGGGUACUAGUGGUGCAAGUUUUAUGGAUUAUAUCAUUACCGAUUGUGUUACCAGUCCUCCGGAACUUGCUUCACAAUACAGUGAAAAGCUGGCAUAUAUGCCUAAUACAUAUUUCAUAGGUGAUCAUAAGCAAAUGUUUCCUCAUCUCAAAGAACGUAUUAUAGUUUGCGAUAAACAACAAACAUGUGUAGCUGAUAAUAUUGCCGUCAUAAAUGCAGCAGAUUUAUCACCGUUAGUAGAAAGUACCGACGUUAAAGAAGUGCGAGAGAUAGUAAAUGCCCAGAAACCUUUAGAAAUUACACAUAAAGUUGCAGAAUUACCAAGUACUACCCAAAUUGUAUCUAUGAUUGCCUCCGGUCAAGUUCAAACAUCUCUUAAUGGGAUUCUUGUUCAGAAUGGGUUAGCUACUACCCAAACAAAUAACAAAGCUGCUACUGGGGAAGAAGUACCACAAAACAUUGUCAUUACAACUCGCCGACAAUAUUUAUUACCUGACGAAGCAAUAGUAUAUUGCAACUUCAAUCAGUUGUACAAGGUAGACCCACAAACUUUACAAUCUUGGGUAUCGAUUUUGAAAAAUGUGCCAAAUUCAGUGCUAUGGCUGUUGAGAUUCCCUGCAGUUGGAGAACAGAAUAUAAAAAAAUCUGUCGAAGCAUAUGGGUUGUCUGGUGAUCGCGUAAUAUUUUCGAACGUAGCAGCGAAAGAGGAACAUGUCCGCCGCGGCCAAUUAGCAGAUAUCUGUCUUGAUACACCGCUUUGUAAUGGGCAUACUACUUCUAUGGACGUUUUAUGGACGGGAACGCCUGUGGUGACUUUACCAGGAGAGACAUUAGCUUCAAGAGUUGCUGCAUCGCAAUUAGCUACUUUGGGAUGUCCGGAACUUAUAGCACACACCAGACAAGAAUACGAAGACAUUGCGAUUCGUUUGGGUACUGAUAGGGAGUAUCUAAAAGGGAUGCGAGCAAAAGUGUGGAAAGCACGAGUGGAAAGUCCAUUGUUUGAUUGCACCCAAUACGCUAGGGGCUUAGAAAUGGUUUUUAAACUAAUGUGGGAUCGGUUUGCAGCCAAUGAACUUCCAGACCAUAUUUCUGCUAUUUCGGACAAGUGAAUUUUCUAUAUACACUUAUUUUAAAUAUUUAUUAUUUUACUUAUAUGAAAUUAGAAACUGAAUGUUGUUUAUAGAGCGGCUUAAGGUUAUUAAAUAGAGUCACUUGUAUAUUUUGAA